CAUCGCCAGCCCUCGUAGGUACAGUGAGAAGAGCAGUUAGCAAAAAAAACAGGAAGCACCAGGUCUGUGGCAGGAGAGAACGACGUCUAGAGGGAGGAGUUGUGUAAGCUCCUUGUUUGGUGAAAGAGAUCACGUGGGCUACUGCGUCUGAACAGUUCACAACAGUUGUGAAAAAGUUAGGAGAACUUCGAACUUUGGAAAGCGAAGAAGACUUCAGGUAAGACUUGGGAGAAGGAGAGAGGAAGUCUCAGGAAACCAAACGCGAAGCACAUGGUGUGAAGGAAAAAUGCCCACCAACUUUACAGUGGUGCCGGUGGAGGAUAGCCCACUAUCAGAACAAGGCAAUGAUGAACAGAUCCUAGAGGAAGAGGACAGGGAGGGGUUAGACCCAGCGGCUGAACCCUUUUCAGGAGAGGAAACCUCAAGAGAAACCAGCUCCUUAAUCAGUACAGACCAUGAUGGGAGCAUCUAUGGAGAGAACAUGGCUCUCUAUGAGGAAGAGAUGGACAGCGCUCCAAUGGUGGCGUCUCUCCUCAACAAACUGGCAAACUACACCAACAUUACUCAGGGGGUCAUCGAGCAUGAGAAGGCUGAAAGUGAGGAUGGUAUCAAAAGGGUGACUGUAGAUGGCCCUCAGAUGGGCACAUUUAUAGGUGUGUACCUGCCCUGCAUGCAGAACAUUUUGGGUGUGAUUUUGUUUCUACGUCUCACAUGGAUAGUGGGUACAGCAGGCAUCAUGGAGACUCUUGCUAUUGUCUUCGUGUGCUGUUCUUGUACUAUGCUGACUGCCAUUUCAAUGAGUGCAAUUGCAACUAAUGGUGUUGUGCCUGCUGGUGGCUCAUACUACAUGAUCUCCCGAGCAUUAGGCCCAGAGUUUGGAGGAGCAGUUGGUUUAUGUUUCUAUCUGGGCACUACCUUUGCAGGAUCUAUGUAUGUACUAGGAACCAUGGAAAUAUUCUUGACAUACAUAAUGGACAAUAUCGGUGUGUUUCAAACUGUCGAUAACAACGUGCGUUUGUAUGGGACCUGCUGUUUAGUCAUCAUGACACUGGUAGUGUUUGUUGGAGUAAGAUAUGUCAACAAGUUGUCAUUGGUCUUCCUGUCCUGUGUGGUUCUGUCGAUUUUGGCCAUCUAUGCAGGGGUCAUUCAAACCACCAUCAAGGCAAAUGACUUUAAAAUCUGUCUACUAGGAAAUCGCACCUUGCAACAUUACAAGUUUAACAAGUGUGAAAAGACAGAACUGUCGGUACAUUUUUGUGAAGAUGGCUCGCUGAAUGCAACAUGUGAUGAGUACUUUGUGAAUAACAACGUGACCGAAAUUACUGUCACCCGUAGCAUGCUCAGCGGGAUCAUAUCAGAAAACAUGUGGGGACACUAUGGCCCAAAGGGGAUGAAAAUGGAGAAGGACGGAUUGAGCUCAGUCCAAGUAUCACCUAACACCAAUGACAUGUCAAGACCUUAUGUCCUUCAUGACAUUACCACCUAUUUUACUAUUCUGGUUGGAAUCUACUUCCCCUCAGUUACAGGAAUCAUGGCAGGGUCAAACAGAUCUGGAGCUCUCCGAGACCCUCAACGAUCCAUUCCCACGGGUACGAUUCUGGCCAUAGCAACCACCUCCUUCAUCUACAUUUCCUGUGUGGUUUUAUUUGGAGCAUGUAUUGAAGGAGUGGCGUUACGAGACAAGUUUGGAGAGUCAGUUAAAGAAAGGACUUUAGUGGUUGGAACACUUGCCUGGCCAUCUCCUUGGGUGAUUGUCAUCGGCUCAUUUUUCUCUUGCUGUGGGGCGGGGCUACAGAGCCUUACCGGUGCCCCCAGGAUCCUUCAGGCUGUAGCACGAGAUGGCAUCAUACCUUUCCUGCAGGUGUUUGGUCAUAGUAAACCCAAUGGUGAGCCAACCUGGGCCCUGUUGCUCACUGCAGUCAUCUGUGAGAUUGGGAUCCUCAUUGGUUCGCUGGAUGCUGUCGCACCUAUCCUGUCAAUGUUUUUCUUGAUGUCCUACCUCUUUGUAAACCUGGCCUGUGCCGUCCAAACACUUCUUCGUACGCCAAAUUGGAGGCCAAGGUUCAAGUUCUACCACUGGUCUAUCUCCUUCCUUGGGAUGAGCUUGAGUUUGUCCCUCAUGUUUGUCUCAUCUUGGUAUUACGCUUUGGUUGUUAUUGUGCUUGCUGGAUGCAUCUACAAGUACAUAGAAUACAGAGGGGCGGAAAAGGAAUGGGGAGAUGGGAUCCGAGGAUUGUCACUUAACGCAGCCCGUUACGCACUCAUUAAACUGGAGGAGGUACAGCCCCACACCAAGAACUGGAGACCCCAGCUGCUAGUGUUCCUGAAACUAGACUCUGACUUGGAGGUGAAACAUCCACGUCUGCUGUCCUUUACAUCACAGCUGAAGGCCGGGAGGGGUUUGACCAUCGUCUGCUCAGUACUGGAGGGGACUUAUAUGGCUCGUGGAACAGAUGCUAAGCGUUCUGAACAGAGUAUCAAAGCAGCCAUGGCAAAGGAGAAAACGAAGGGCUUCUGUCACGUCGUGGUGACCUCUAACCUGCGUGAUGGUUUCUCUCAACUCAUUCAGUGUGCAGGCCUGGGUGGCAUGAAACACAAUGCAGUGCUACUGGCCUGGCCCGCUAACUGGAAACAGUCCGAGAGCUCCCUCUCCUGGAGGAACUUCAUUGAAACCAUCAGUGAGACAACAGCUGCCCACCAGGCCCUGCUAGUGGCGAAAAACAUCGACCAGUUCCCCACAAACCAAGAUCGGUUAGCCGAUGGUACCAUUGAUGUCUGGUGGAUUGUCCAUGAUGGUGGUCUGCUCAUGCUGCUUCCAUUUUUGAUCCGUCAGCACAAGGUUUGGAGAAAGUGUAGAAUGAGGAUCUUCACAGUGGCUCAGAUGGAUGACAACAGCAUUCAGAUGAAGAAAGAUUUGCAGAUGUUCUUGUACCACCUGCGCAUCGAUGCUAAAGUGGAAGUUGUUGAAAUGAAUGCAGGUGAUAUCUCAGCCUUCACCUAUGAGAAGACCUUGGUGAUGGAGCAACGUUCUCAGAUGCUGAAGCAGAUGCAGCUCUCUAGGACAGAGCGAGAGAGAGAGAUUCAAAGCAUCACCGACGAAUCGCGGAUUUCCAUCAGGAGGAAACCAUGUGCAGAGAAACCGUUGCCCAACAAGUUACCAACCAUAGUUGUGGACGAGGAGGCCCAGCUCAUUCAUGACAGAAACACUAAGUCCCAUGCCACUUUAAAUGACAAGGCCAAGCCCACCUCCGACCGGGUCCAUAUGACCUGGACCAAAGAGAAGCUGACCAGUGAGAGGAAUCGCCUUCGGGAGCCCAACAUGGCUGUGCGGGACAUCUUCAACAUGAAACCAGAGUGGGAGAACCUGAAUCAGGCUAACGUGAGAAGAAUGCACACUGCAGUGAAACUGAAUGAGGUCGUGGUCAACAAGUCUCAAGGAGCCCAACUGGUGCUGCUGAACAUGCCGGGACCACCCAAAAGCAAGGGUGGAGAUGAGAACUACAUGGAGUUCCUGGAGGUCUUGACAGAGGGAUUGGACCGGGUACUGCUGGUCCGAGGUGGGGGCAGAGAGGUCAUCACUAUUUACUCUUAGCCCCCACGAAAGGACAACACACUGAGGACAGUAUUUUAAAAAAAUGGCUGUUCAGUACUUGAGUUCGCCCAAGGCCAGAGCUGGCCAGAUACUGUACAGAUGGACUCAGGGUAAGCUGUCUCACCCCAGCUGCAGGCCAGCACUGAACGUUCACAAAGGGCCAAGGACAAAUCCUAUCUAUUGGGCUGUAAAUGCGGUAUUUAAAAACCUUUUGAAUAGAGAGAGGCCAAACAUUUAGUUUGUUCUUAUAAGACUUGAAAAGAGUGACAGUAGUUGUCCAAAGCCAUUCACCUGUCAGGGACAACAGUGUUGAAUCUGGACAGUGUUUCAACUUUGUAAUAUAUUCUGUAUAUACUGAUUGUGUUCUUUUUACACAUGUCCAAAAUUUCUACUGAGCUUUGUGUAUAAUAUUAGUUAGAUUUAUUUUUUUAUUGCUUUUAAAAUACAGUACAAGUAGAAAUAGUGAUAUGACUUGAGCCAAACCAAAUGGUUGUAGUCUGCUGCUAUGCAAAGCAUGUCAUGUACUGCUAUAAGACUUCUUUAAGUAAGCUGCCGUAAUUAUAUGGAAAUAUAAAGCAAACUUAAGCCUUACGUUUUUUCAUAGUGUUUAAUUCUGAAUAGGAAGUAGUUUUCUCAUAGUAUUAAUUUAUAGUUGUAUUUGAGAAAACAGUGUUGAAGUAUGAGAAAAAGGAAAAUUAGUUCAAAUAGAUCAAAUAGACUAUAUGAUUAAACUACUUAUUGUGGAACAUGUUUGCAAACCUGAUGUCACAAUGCCCCAAGAAUGAUUUUUUUUAUCUAUCUGAUCGGAUGACCAUUUUAUAUUUUCAGACAAUGGUUUGUCAUGCCAGCAUCACAAUGUGAAAAAUAUUUGUUCAUGUUUUGUUUUUGUUUGUUUGUGUUGUUUUAGGUCUGUAAUAUUGUUUUUGCCAUUUUUACCCUUCAGUGGUGUUGUUGUGUGUGUCGUUUUGUGGACACACACAACUAUGAUAUUCUCUUUUGUGAAAAUCAUGGUGUUACAUGACUACUGACCAAAAGGAUUAAAAAACAUACAUUUUGAAUUUAGUGUGGAAGCUUUGCUGUAGACUUCAACGUAAAAAAAUGAACCCGGGCAUUAAUGAAAGAAUUACAAUUUUAAUUUAUUUGUGACUGUAAAAUAUUGUCCGCUUCCCAGACAGCCAUGGCCAUGAAAAAAACAUUGGUUCUUGUAGGGAAUUUUAGGAGCUAAUUAACUGUAUGUGCUGUAAAACCCUUACUACAUGCUUAACAUGUUUAUUUUCUGUGUUUUACAUUAGUGUCUUAUUUCAGUUUGUUUAAGUUUUUGUUUUUAAGAAAAAAAAACAGCCACUUGUUGCAGUGGUGUAAAGUAUUGGAGUAAAUGUACUUAGUUACUUUACUUAAGUAUCUUUUUGGCUACUUUGUAGUUGUACUGAGUAUUAAAGAUAUUAGCAACUUUUACUCUCUACUUAACUACAUUUUUGAACAAGUAUAUGUACUCUUUACUCCACUACAUUUGUAAUGACUAAUGCAAUUACACAUUACAUUUUGCAUGACACCUAUCUUAUAAUUAAUAUUGCCAUUCACAGGGCAUUGAAGGUACUACAAUCUUGUGGAUUUUGCCAUAAAUUACAAAAACUUGUCAACAUGGCUUCUUUAUAUGAAUAUGAGUGCAGUAUCAGGUAGAUGUCAAUCGCUGGCGGGUUAUACACGGUUAGCCCUUACCCGCUAUUUCUACAGUAAUACAUUGGCAACACUGUUGCCAGCUAGUUGCUGUAGGUCACACAUCUACAAAAGCUCUUAUUUUUAAAACUAACUCUUCCUAAAUGUGCUCUAAACAUGUUUGCUCAAAAUUUGACCAUAUGGUGGGACUAUUGCCAUGAAGUGAUGUAAACCAGUAAAAAGAAUGUGUAGUAUUUCAAUUUUCAAAAGUGCUCUCACACUAUAUAGACAAAAUAUUAACCUAUAGAAUGAGUCAGACACAGAGAAAUGAACAAUUCACAUAUGAAUCUCAACAAUGGUGACAAUCAACUGAACUGCUUCAUGCUGCAAUGCAUGCUGGGUACAUAGUACAAAACUCAUUCAUGAUUGUUUGUCACCAUUGAUGAGGUUUGUAUGUCAAGUGUCUAACUGUGUCUCAAUUGAAAAGAAAGAUUUUCUGACAGAGAUCUUUCCAUUAUAACAUGUAAUCACUUUACCAAACAUAUCUUAAUAAAUCUUAAAUGCUAUAUUAUUAUUAUUUAAUGAUUGAAUUCUUUCAGAUGUAUCUUCAGUUACUAAGCAAACAUAAAGUUGCGGUUCCUGUAAAGUCCCUUUCAGUGUUAUUGUAUAAGUGUACAUUUUAAAGCUACAAGAAAGUCAAAGAGUCCAACCAAAGCAUACACUGAUCGCCAUAAUGGUGACUUAAAACAUAAUUGAACCACUAUGAACUAGAGUUAAAUCUCAAUAAGAUCUUACACAGAUGACAGAAAUAAAGUGAAAGUGGUGUCUGUAAUAUGUGAAGAUGUUAUUGAUGUUUGUGUUUAAUUCUCCUCUGGUGAAAUCUUGACAGAUUUAUUGUGUUCAUCUGUUAUUUACACAUGUUCAUCUAAGACUGUGUGACUUAAGUGCGUUAAUAGAUUCUUUAAUAAUGUAUCUUCAAACAGCCAUUGCAGUAGUUUACUGUAAAACACCUACAGUAACUAGCUGGCAACAGUGUUGCCAAUAUAUUACUGUAGAAAUGGCAGGUAAGGGCUAACAGUGUAUGUGAAAUGAGGACAUGACUGCAGCUGGCGAUGAGGCCCAAACCAGCAUGUCCAGUGCAAAAAGGCUUUGACUUUUUAAUUCUACUUAAUAUUAUUCUAUUUAUCCGUUAUAUUGAAGAGACCUUUUUGAAGGAGUUUGGUUUACUUAUGAGCAGUUGAGCUUAAAUGAGACUUAGGGUGUUUGUAAUGACGUAGGUUAUGGUGUCGACCAUGAUUUGUUGCAAUAUUGAGGUGUUCAGUCUUAUUAUGAUUUAAGAAAAUAAAUGCGAUUGCUCUCCUCACAAAUCAACUGUUUCUAGUUUUUCACUGACGUGUCUCUUAAGUGUUGAGGACUAGUGCUUCUUUGAGCCUACAUUCAGUAUGAGUAAAAUACUCAAGUACUGUUAAAAUCAGAUACUCUAAGACUUUUACUGAAGUCGUUUUGGAAUUGGUGACUUGUAACUUGUAAUGGAGUAAUUUUCACUGCAAGGUAUCUGUACUUUUACUUAAGUAUGGUU